AAAAAUACAAAUGUACGAGUUAAAUGUUCAUAAGUGUGCAAAAUUCAGAACUUUCGAAAAUAAAGCAGAUACAAGACGUGCUUUAGUAUUUUUGAAAUUGUUAGAUAACGUAUCAUAAACUUAAUAUUAGAGUUGUCCAAGAGAGGAUGCAUUGAAAUUUUGUAAAAAAAGAAUAUGUAGAUUUGAUACAACUAGAAAAAUGGAAGGUCCUCCUAAAUUUAGAUUGAUUAGAAAUGCAACUACAAGUAGAGGAUGGAUUUUUCCAGAAGAAAUUAAGUAUGAUUUAGGUAAAAAUUACGAGAGACCAAAAACAGAAGAAGAUAAAGCAUUUUAAAAAUUCUUUUAGUCUAAUAAAUUAAAAAUAGUAUAAGAAUAACAAUAGUAAGUUGAAGUUGUAAAUAAAUUUAUGAAAGAGAUUGAUGGAUAACUUAAUAUGAAAUAUGGUAAUUUAAAGGAAUUGAAGAAAAAGAUUUCAGAUGUUAGAAUAAAAUAAGAGGAGUAUAGAAAUACACCUGUAAAUUACUUAAAAUUUUAAGGAUAAAGAUUCAUUUAAUUAUAUGAAGUGUAAUAUUGUGAGUAUAUUAAAGAUUCAAAAAACAUUAUGACAAUGAUUUAUUGGGAUUUGAAAAGUAAUUUCCAGUAACAGUUGAAGAGAAAACAAAAAGAAAUGAAGACUUUUUUGUUAGAGCAAACAAAAAACUUGAAACUGAUAAUUUAUAGAAGAAAUUUAUAAAAUUAUAAAAUGAAGGUGAAAUAAUAGCAAAAAUGACUUAAUCUGAAGGAAAUAAGGAUUAAGGUAUUUCUAUAAAGUCAUUGUAACAUAUAAAUGAUGUAAAGAAUUUGGCUAUGGAAUUCAAUAAGAUUUAGUAUGUAUUUGAUGAUGAAAAAAUGAAAAAAAUGAAGAGAAAUUCUUUACAUUAUUUAAGAUUCAACAAUAAAUAUAGAAAAAAGAAUCAAGAUGAUAAUAUUUAAAUAGGAGAAUUUGAAGAUAAAUUAGAAAGGAUUAUAACAAAUAGAAUAGAUUCAAUUACUAGAAGGGGAAUGACUACUAAUAUAGAUUAUGAUUAAAUAAAUUCUUUAAAAUAAGUAAAAAAUAUUUAAUUAUUAAAAGAAAACUGAAACUGCUAGAAACAAAGAAUUCAAAAAGAUUAAAUCUCAUUUUACUCCAAGAAUAACGAGAAACAAUGAAAGAGCAUAUACUACUUAAUAGUCAACUAGAAAAGUUUUGUUAAAAAGUAACCGUUCUUAUAAUAAAUUAUAAAAAUGAG